AUGCGUUCCGGCCUCACCCAUGUCGGCCAAAUCCUGCGUGCUGAUCCGGGAAGCCUAUCGGAAGAUGAUCGUCGUCUUUUGUACGCGACAAUGAGCGACUCGCGAUACCAGAAGGCAUGGAAGUCGUCUCCUCGGCGACAAAAGCCACGAUCCCAGCUUCUCAGACCACAGCGGCAGCCACAGUUACACCAAGAUCAGGACCAGGACGAAGCCUAUGACCAGCAUCAACAGGGCGAGUUCGCUUCAGUGGAAGAGGUGACUGAAGAGUUGCUUAAAGUCGUCGAACAACAAAAGCAGCAUUUGCUAGCGGCUGUUGAGUGCGAGGUUCGCAUCAAGGAGCUGUGGUGGUAUCGCCAUGCGAUGGAGGAGAAGGGAAAGGAGAAGGAGAAGGAGAAGGAAGGAGGUGAUUGA